AUGGCUCCAGCUAAAUCAGCCCACAAUAACAGGCAAAAGACAAAGGCACAGCAGCAGAAAACAGUGGGCAAGAGCCGUUCUGCAAAGACUUCCCAGGAGGAUGCUAAGGUUGACUGUGGGAAAAAGAAGGGCAACAAUGAACCUGCCAAACCAGAGAAUGCAGCAUCAGGCAAGUCCAAACUUGCCGUGAAAAAUCAAGGCAGGAAAGAUGAGUCAGAGACUAAAGGAAACAAGAUAAAGAACAAUGAGGCUGGGAAGGUAAAGAGAGAUGAGAAAUCAAAAGUGGCACCGACUAAGAAGGAAGCAUUCAAACAAACAGGGAAAGGGAAUGCUCUGAAUGGUAAGACAAAAGAGACAAGUAAAGAGGCUGCAGGUAAAGGUGGCAUCAAGACAGCUGUCAAUUCUAAACUUCCUUCCAAACAGGUGAAACAGACGGGUGCUGUGAAAUUUGGGAAAAAGGAGGUACGUAGGGUAGUAGAGUCAUCAGAAGAGGAAUCGGAGAGUGAGGAGGACAGCUCAGAGCCAGAGCCGAGCACCGAGAGUCCCGAGGCCAGCGACGGAGUGGAGGAGACAGACGAUGAGGAAUCUGUUGGGAUGGAGGUCGAUAAAGCCUGUCCUGAGGAGGAGCCACCGGACACAGAGAAUGAUGAGGAAGAGAACGAAGCGAAGGAAGAGGAUGUCGAUGAACCCGCAGCAAAUUCCGUGCCCAGGGGAGAGCCAGAGGAGGAGCCCAGCAGCAGCAGUGGAGACGAGUCCGAGUCGGAACAGGAGCCCAGGCAUAGUGACAAUGCAGAGGAAAACAAUCCCCCCAGCAAGAGCACCGUCUCACCGAAAAAGGCUGGACCUCUCAAGCUGACAACUCAUUUACUUGGCCAGGGAGGGAAGGUGAAAUCUAAGAUCCUUCUGAAAAAAGAGACUAUUCCAACAGAGAAACUGAAACCAGCACCUGCAGCAACCAAGACCUUCCGGAUGAAAGGAUUAGUCCUGCAUAAGAAUGUCCAGGACAAAGGCAAGUCUCAGAUCCUACAGUUAGCGAAAGCAGCCAAGACGACAAAAGAUAAACCUCAAGCAGACCGGGAGGAAGAGAAAACAGCCUCGACAUCCAAAUCCACUCUUAUCAGCCCAUCCCAUAUGAUGCUCAUGAAAUUAAAGAAGAAAGAUGCCAGAGCCAAUCAAGAUUCCAUAGCGGAACCGGCUACUGAAGUGCAAACUGGGGGGGCUACCAAAGGGAAACAGAGCACUGGUCAGCCACAAAAUAUUGGGCUGGUCCUUGGAAAGGUCAAAAUGGCAUCUUUACGCUGCCAGGCCAGGAAAAAGCAAAAGGAGUUAGAGGAAACAGCAGCGGUUGAACAUGCAGAGGAAACAUCUUCUCAACAGACAGAUAGCCUCAUAGCUCGUCGGAAGGGCAUGGCAACUUUGCGGCGUGUCUCUGGCUGGAUACAGAAGAAGAUCCCAACCAAGAGCGUCCACAUUCAGGAUAAGGUAACUGCUCUUUCCCGGGCCGUUAGCGUCUCCACGUGGCUCACUACUCAAGCUCUGAAACGCCAGAACAGCACCACAAGCUCCAAGAAGAGCCUGUUCCGUCAGAGGAUGGCUAUGCGUUUUGCUAGUGCCACUAGCCUGAAGAAAAAGGAUCAAUUGCUGGAAUCAGAAGCAAAUUUGACAAUGGAGAUAAAGGCUAACCCUCAGGAAGGCCAUGUAGCUGUGGAGGCCGAGGCACAGGAGGACUCAUCUGAUGAUGGCAGUUCAUCACAAAAGGCCAGUGAGAGCCAGAGUGAAGCAGAGGAGAAGGCCAAUGCUGGAGAUGCCAAAUACGCCAUUGUGUUUCCCAGAAUGCACAAGAUUGGCAAGGCCAAAGGAGGUUCACGUGCUUCCACCACCAGCACCACCAGCGUCAGCACUGAGCCGAAACGCGUGCCCCCAAAACCAGGUGCUCGCCUGGUCCUCCCCGUGAAGCCUGACCUGACUGUCCUGAAGUCAGUAAAACGGAACAUUGCUCUGAAAGAACCUGUCAAGAAUGUUGGCCCAACUGGGAAUGCUAGGGAGAAAGAACCGCAAGGGACAGUGGAGAGUAGAAAGGCUCUUUUGGAAGAGAAAGAGGGGCUUAGCGCUUUGCAGGCAGCUCGGGGAAAACUGGCCCCCUCACAGUUAAAACUGACCAAACUGACUAUACCCAAACCUCUGGCUGGAACUGGAUUAACACUGGCACAGGGCAGCAAUGAGAAUGACAAAGAGAAGCCAGAUGGUAGUGCUGUGGAGGCCGAGGUGAAUGGGCAGAGGCAUGUGUCCUCCUUCUAUGAAGAGGAAGCUGACCGGGAGGUUGCGGAGCUGAUGGGAGAGGGCGCUUUGCCCUCACCGAGGGAGGUGCACUGGGCCCAGGGUCGCCCGAUACGCAGUGACCCUCACGACUGGCUGCGAGCGGAAACCCUUCUGCCCCACCAAACCGUGGAGAAGCUUACCAAGUGGACUGCACCCCAGGAGACUGAACAGUCCCAAAUACACCCAAACUACAAUGGCAGGGGACCCUGGGAGGCAGAGGAUGCUAGUCAGAACAUGCUGGAGAGCCGGCUCAGCAAAACCCAGGUGCAAAUGCCAGGGAGCACCCAGGCUGUGGAAGUAGACGAGGUGGAAGACCUGUCGCAGCUGGAAGAGGUGUGUGACAGCUCUGUGCUUCUGAACCUUAAGAAGAGAUUCCACCGAGACUUCAUUUAUACCUACAUAGGGAACAUGUUACUGUCUGUCAACCCCUUCAAGCCCCUCAGUAUCUACUCAGAGGAGCUGAGCCUGCAGUACCAGGGGAAGGAGCAGCGGCGAAACCCACCUCAUGUUUAUGCCAUUGCGGAUGCGGCCUUCAGCCAGUCACAGAACUCCACCCAGGAACAGUGCAUUGUCAUUAGUGGACAAAGUGGUUCUGGAAAGACAGAGGCCACCAAGCUGAUUGUACAGUACCUGAGCACCAUGUACCAGGGUGAAACUGAGGGCCUUCGUCAGCCCAUGGAAGUCUUACCCAUCCUGGAGAGCUUUGGCAAUGCCAAGACCAUCCUCAACAACAACUCCAGUCGGUUUGGCAAAUACCUGCACAUACACAUUCGUCAUGGUGUGGUUGUGGGGACCUCGCUGUCACAGUACCUCCUUGAGAAGUCGAGGAUUGUCUUUCAGGCCAAUGGAGAGAGGAACUACCAUGUGUUCUAUGAGUUAUUGGCUGGGAUGAAUCAAUGGGACAAGCAGGAUCUUUAUCUGCAAGGAGCAGAAACCUACUAUUACCUCAAUCAGGGCGGAGCCUGUGAACUGGAGGGGAAGUGGGACAAGCAGGAUUUCCUGCUCCUUAUCCGAUGCAUGGAGACAAUUGGUUUGCACCCCGAUCAGCUCUCCACUAUAUGGGCUAUGCUGUCAUCUAUUCUGCAGCUGGGCAAUAUCUGUUUCAGUUCCUAUGAGAGUGAGUCUCUGGAGGUGGCGCGGAUAUUCAGCGAGGCUGAGGCCAGGCGCGUGGGCAGCCUGCUGCAGGUGUCUGCCGAGGCUCUGCAGACCGUCAUCACACACCGCGUCACGGAGACAACCUAUGAUAGAAUCUACAGCCCCCUGUCCGUGGAAAGUGCCAUAGAAUCAAGGGAUGCCAUUGCCAAGGCCCUAUACUCUGUGCUGUUCGAUUGGCUGCUGGACCGCAUUAAUGAGUGGCUGAUCCCCACUGAGAUGGACAGCACUGUGGGCAUUGUGGACAUAUACGGGUUUGAGGACCUGGGGAUAAACAGCUUUGAGCAGCUCUGCAUUAAUUUUGCAAAUGAACAGCUUCAGCAGUUUGUGAACAAGGCUGUUUUGACCCAGGAGCAGGAGGAGUACAGAGCGGAGCAGAUCCAGUGGUACCCCAUGCCUCUCCUGGACUUCCACUCCUGCGUGGACCUCAUCUCCGCCCGGCCACACGGCAUCCUGCGCAUCCUGGAUGACCAGACGUGCCUCCCCCAGGCCACAGACCACACCUUCCUCCAGAAGUGCCACUAUCACCAUGGAAACAGCCCCUACUAUGCUAAGCCCAAAAUACCCCUGCCUGUAUUCACAGUUUACCAUUAUGCUGGAGCUGUCACCUACCAGGUGCACAAUUUCCUGAACAAGAACCAUGAUCAGUUCCGCCCAGAGGUACUGGAACUCUUUGCUCGAAGUCGACUGAAGAUGGUGUCUAGCCUGUUCCUCAAAGUGCAGGAGAGGUAUCUUCAGCAGAAAGAGCUGGGCUCCAGAGGAAGAGGGCCCAGGCUGCAGGCCUCCACGGUCUCAGCCCACUUCCAGCAGUCCCUGACUGAGCUGAUCACACGACUGGAGAGGUGCAAAACUACCUUUGUCCGCUGCUUUAAACCCAACUAUAUGAAGCUGCCGGGUAUAUUUGAUUUGGACUAUAUGAUGUUGCAGCUGAGGCAUGCUGGAGUAAUGGAGACUAUUCACAUCCGGAAGGAAGGAUUCCCUAUUCGUAUCCCUUUUACCUUCUUUAUGGAGAGGUACAGUGUCCUCCUGCCACAACGCCCACCCCACCUCUCAGAGAAGCAGCAGGUGGUUGCCCUGCUGGACACCAUUCCAGGUGCAGAGGACGGGCAGUACCAGCUGGGGCUUACGAAGGUGUUCCUGAAGGAGGCGCUCUACCACCAGGUGGAGGACCGCUGGAGCAGCACCCAGACCUGGGCCGCCAUCACCAUCCAGCGCAACAUCCGCGGCUUCAUCUGCCGACGCAACUUCCGCUUCUUCAAACAGAAGGCCAUCAUCCUCCAGUCACACAUCCGCGGGCACCAGGCCAGGAAGUACUACAAGAGGCUGAAGCAGUCCUUCACGCAGUUCUGGGCAACCAUGAUGAUCACCAGAAACACCCUCAAGAGGCAACAGUGGAGGGAAAUCACAGCGAGGAGCAGAGUGACAAAGUCCCAGUCCACAGCCCGUGCGCGCACUGCAGGCAUGGAUGUGGGAAUGUUGGAGAUUCCGGCAGAGCUGUCAGUCAGACUGCGGGAUGUGGCAGGGAGGCAGCACAGCUCGGGUGUCACAGAGGUGGCCCCUCCGCAGGUCAAAGCAGAGCACAACCUCUCCCUUCCUCCUGAUAUCAACCAGUUCCCCUUCUCACAAUACGCCAAGACAACCUUGAAGGAUGGAUGGUGCCAAGCCCAAGACUAUCCUCUAAGGAGGCCCCUCACCUCCUUAGACCACGAGGACACCCGCACAGCCUUGGAGAUAUACAAGCUGAUCCUGCGCUUCUCAGGGGACCCAGAGCUCACUGGGUGGCAGGAGCAGGUGUUGGGGAACUACAUUAUGGAGAAGGGGCAGGAGCGGCCCUCCCUGAGGGACGAGAUCCUGGCCCAGCUGGCCUACCACACCUGGGGGCGGGAGAGCGACGAGGUGACCCUGCGGGGCUGGAUGCUUAUGGCCUCCUGUCUGAGCGCCUUCACUCCCUCUCCAGGCCUGGACAAGUCCCUACUCAAGUACGUUUCUGACCAGGGCCCUGGAGAAUACCGUUCCCUCUGUCAACACAAGCUGCUCACGGCUCUGCAGCUCCCAGCCCCCACCUGCAGGCUCUACCCACCCUCCCAGCUGGAGUGGACAGCCAAUCAGAGGAAGGGGAAGAUGGUACUGGAGAUCAAUACCUUCAACGAGGAGAAGCUAACUGCAGAGGUGGAGUCUUGGACCACAGGGGAACAGCUUGCUUCUUGGCUCCUGAGGUUCAGAGGUUUGCAGGAGGCUCCCCGUGGCUGGUCGGUGUCUCUGCUCGCUGGGGAGGGAUGGAAUGACCUCACAGGCUGUGAUUUUGUCAUGGACGUGCUCGCCGGGGUGGAGGCUGACGUCCCUCACACGCAGUCCCCUGCACCUUCUGCGUACCUCUUCAACAGCAACGGGGAAAUGUUGAUGAACACAGAUCUGGAUGACUUCAUCCCCCCUGCCCCAUCCAUGCAGGCCCCUGGCCUCCCCUCCACUGGUGCAGCCUGGGACAGCACAUACCCCCCCAUGAUGGGAGGCUCCGGGGGUCGACAGAUUGACGCCUUUGUGGACGACCUCUUUGACCCUGUGCUGGACCAGGGCCCUCCGGACAUGGAUCGGAUGGCCAUGCUGAACAGGCGAAUGAGAGGAGGUGGUGGCAUAGGCCCCAUGCAGCCUGGAGUUUAUCCAGGAGCAGGAAUUCCAAUGACAAUGACUAUGCCAAGCUAUUCUGUUGGAAUGGCGGUUAACCCUAUGAUGCCUGGUUACCCUGCCAUGUCCAUGAUGCCUGCAGCGGCCCCCAUGCCUAUGAUGCAGGCCAUGUCACCCAUGGCCCCACCUGCACCGGUGGUGGAUCCCCAGCAGGUGGCAGCACAGCAGCAAGCCUUUAUCAACCAGCAGGCCCUGCUCAUGGCCCAGCAGAUGACUCUCCAGGCCAUGACUCUGUCACAGCAGCAGCAGCAGGAGCAGGUUCAGGCUCAGAGGCAGCAGUUACAGCGCCUCCAGCAGCAGCAGCAGCAGCAGCCGCAGCCACAGCCUCGGCCUCAGCCUCAGCUGCAGCCCCCCCCAACACCUGCGCCUCAACCGCCCGCCCCCAGACUGCCCACUCCACCCGUCGCCAUUCCACCACCUGCCCCCAAAUGGAUCCCGCCCCCCGCUGCUGCCGCCAGCCCAGAGGAAGUGGACCCAGAUCAGCUGGAAUCAUUCAGGGAGAAGAGGGAUUUUUUCCAGAGAAUUGGAUCACAUGAGGCCAGUGUGAGGCAGGCAAGCCCUCCAAAAGCUCAGAGACCACAGCCACCCCCCAUCGCUCAACCUAUCCCAGCACAGCCACCAAGAUGUCCCUCCCCAGUCAGGAAAGAAGUGAAUCCCUCACCCCCAGUGAAAGAAAACAAAAAAUCCAAACCUGUGCCACCUGUUCCUGCCCCUAAACCUGAACCUAGCAGCAAUAUCCGGGAAAUCAUCAAGCAGUACCAGAAUCGUCCCGCUCCGGAACCCAAAGCUUUCGAGCCUGUCAGAGUCCCUCUGAGGUCCUUUGUGAAGAAGAAUGACCCCAAAGAGGAGGCACUGGCCAUUCUGAGGGCAAAGGGACCAGUGGCACCCGUGCCGCGACAGUAUAACCCUCCAGUUCAGCCCAAAACGAAGGGCAGCCCACCCUCCAAGUCUCCGCCCUCCACCCGGGGCCCGCGCUCCAUCUCCAACAGCAUGCGGCAGAAGCAGCGCUCGCUGGCCGACCUCUUCAGCCCAAAAACACCGCCGCCUGCUCCGGAGGCUCCACCACCUCCACCCAGCAUCCCUGACCCUCCACCAACUGCUCCCCCAGGUAUUGCUGAGGGCACUCACCAUAUACUGGCCAAUGACGAGGGCAUCCGCUCACAGCUUCAUAAGUUCUCAGCCAGUGUGUACUUCUCCUACGCCCGCAUGCCUGGCAAGCUAUUCCUACGCAAAGAGGUCUUCUACCCCCGAGAGAAGUUUAACUAUCCAUACAUUCUCAAUCUACUGUGUGAACAGAUUAUGAGGGACACCUAUUCUGACACAUGUGUGCGAAUCUCUCGUGAGGAAAGGCGCAAAAUGAAGGACCUGUUGGCUGGCUUCCAUGUGGGCACCAGUAUCAGCUCAGUGCAGGAUGAUUCAAUGAAGAAGAGGAUUGUGAUGGCGGCUCGUGACAACUGGGCAAACUACUUCUCACGUCUCUUUCCUGUGGUGGGAGGGACUGGUGAGGAUACUCAGAUACUGGGCGUGUCUCACCGGGGCAUUCGACUUCUGCGAAUGGUCAAGGCAUCAGGCAUCAACCCAAAACACCUCAAGGUGUUGCGCAGUUACAGCUAUGCGGAGAUGCUGUCUGUGGAGGAGAGAGGGCCUGAGAUGGUGGAGUUCUCUUUGAAGAACGAGCACCUGCAGCUGCAGUCCUCUCGAGCCCCGCAGAUCAUCGCCAUGGUGCGCCUCUUCCUCGGAGAGCUUCUCAAGGACUCUGAUCAUGUGAUAGCUCUGAAGAGCUAUGUGACGGACGACAAGAGCCUUCUGAGCUUCCGGAGGGGUGACCUCAUCAAGCUGCUGCCCAUGGACGGUCUACAGGCAGGCUGGAGGUUUGGCUCCAUAGGGGGACGCUCAGGGCUGUUCCCCUCAGAGUUCACGCAGCCUGCCGCGCCCCCAGACUACCAUGGCACCCACAUCGAGCGCCGGGAUGAGCACAGGAAGAGCCAGAGGGCAGCGGCUGGCCUGCCUGUGCCCAGGCUGGGACAGGAGCCCCUCUCUGGCCCCGCUGCCCUGAUGGAGCACAGCAAUGAGGGCUCAGGGCAGGGCUCAGUGCAGGGCUCAAGGCAGGGCUCAGUGCAGGGCUCAGACAGCGAUAGACAGCUCUACACCAUGACCGAGUUUGCCAUGAAGUACUUCAGAGAGGCAGUCACCAAACUGGGCUGGAAGGGUUUGAGUGCAGAGGGGAGGAGCAGCUCAGAGAUGGUCCAGUACAUCAAGGUUCCCAUCCAGGAGUCGCUCAUCUAUUACUCUGAGAAUGAGCUGAAUGACCUGGCUGCACAUUGCUUCACAAAUGUAAUGCGGUUCAUGGGAGACCAGCCCAUGCUCAAGCACCAGUCAGAGGGAGACUGUGUUAACAGCAUCCUAUAUCUGGGGAAGGAGAAAGAGGUCCUGAGAGAUGAGAUCUACUGCCAGGUCAUCAAGCAGACAACCCUUAACCCGCACAAAGAAAGCUGCACCCGCGGCUGGCGCUUGUUGAACUUGGUUACGGGUUUUUUCCCCUGCUCGAGUACCCUAAAGCCGUAUGUCUCCCGCCACCUGCAGGACAUCAGCAGAGAUCGUGCACACCCCUUCCAAGAGCUCUCACGCUCCUGUGGGGAAAAUAUGAUGCGUUCUCUCAUCCACGGAGGCCGGAGGCACGUUCUCUCUGAAACAGAGAUGGAAGCCAUUUUGGCUGGCAGAAACUCCAGGCGCCUCCCCAUCCUGCUACCUGGGGGAGUUGAGUUUCCAUGCAAGAUCCGCAGCUUCAGCGUGGCACUAGAGGUGGUGACGGAGCUAUGCACCGAGAUGGGUGUGACGAAAUUGCCUGAGGUGAAAGAAUUUGCCGUCCAUGCCAACCGGAGUAAAGGCGAGUUGCUGCGCCUGAUCCAUCCAGAUGAGUAUCUAUUUGACUUCCUGUCGGACGACAACUCCAUCAACCUCUCCUUCCGACGGGUGAUCUGGAAUCAGCCCCUGCACUUUGAUAAUGACCUCUAUAUCGAGUUCCACUACCAGCAGGUACUGGCUGAUUACCUGGGUGGGAAGAUUGUGCUAACAACAAAUGGUUCAACGAUUCACCAUCAGAUCGCAAACUUUUCUGCUAUCCAGCAUCUGGCCUUGGGGCUAAACAAUGCUCCCUCACAGAGUGCAGUGAAGGAGUACCUCCCUCAACCAGACAGGGCCAUUAUAAACCUUCAUCAAAUUCAUUCUGCAUCACUUAAAGAACUGGCCGCCAUAGGCAACCUCAGCCCUCGUGAUGCCAAAAUCCGAUUUCUUGAUACUAUCAGCACUCUGCCUUUCUUUGGCUUCAACAUCUUCCAGGCCCAGAAGGUCAGUCAUAAUGACUGCCCUUCACCAUGCACCAUAGCCGUAAACCAAGAGGGCAUCUUCUUUUCAAACCCGAAAACACAGGAGUCCGUUUUCAGAAUAGCCCUGGUUGACGUGCAGUCUCUCCGCACAAUGAGUCCCAAAAAAGAAAAAGUCCCAGCGGUGGAGAUCAAUUACGGCCACCCAGCACACCCCAAAACCAUCACCAUCUAUCUCAAACAGGCCAAGGCACUCUGCCACACCAUUGCAAUGAUCAUGGAUGAGCUGGUGCGACCCCCAAUCAGCAGCUCCAUAUCGAGUGCCCGUUCACUGUCAGCCCGCUAAGUGCUGUCUCGUAGCUGUCUUUCUCCAACACCUGCCGCAAGGACUGUUGUUGUGACCAUGCCGGGACUGAGUACCCUGUUCAACAAAAUUCCUGGUCGGCAAAAGGGAGCUGCAUUGCUAUUUGAGUGCUCCUAGAUGCUGCAGUUGGCACAUACUACUGUUCAAAAGUACUGAUCUGCUGCUACUGCUAAUUACCUGCUUUUAUUGCUACCCUUGUAAAUUUGUGCUGCAAAAAAUGAAUAUGUGUUUUGAUUAUUUAAACAGAGAAGUCUGUCUUAAGUUGCGACUCCAUGGCUAUCUUUGACAUCAAUAUAUAACUUUAA